CCAAAACUCACUUCUUGAUAAAAUCAAUAAUUUUAUUACAAACAUGGGGAAGAAAGGAAGACGAAUGAGAAGACAAGUCAUAAUGCAUGAGGAAGAAAGAACCAGACUGACUACAGAUCCAGUCGACAUCUCCGCUUCUUUGCUCAGCCAGGCUGUGAUACAGCAUUUAAAGCAGACCAAAGGUAAGAAGAAGUCCAAGAGAACCAACAGGCCUUCUGAGCCUCCUCCGGAUUCUAGUAUUGACUCUAUGUGGAAAUUACAUAGGCUAGUGUAUGCUAGGGACUCUACUGAGGACCAGAUUGAGAAGAACAAGCAACUUUUAGAAGAACUCAGGGAUGAUGACCGUCUUAAAGAACUCCAUAACCUUGAUCAAGAGCUUGAGGAAGUUGAACGUAAGAAUCAAGAAUUUGAGACUAAAAUGGAAAUUCUGAUUGAAACCCGCUCCAAGGAUAAGAAGUUUCAAGAGGAGUUUCAGAAGACUCAAGAUUUAGUACAAAAAUUGAACACUAUUUUGGAAUGACCCAUCAUCUUUGCACGCUUUGAAGAUCCCGUUCUCUUUCCUUCAGGACAUACGUAUGAUAACUCUUAUGUUAUGGCUCUUGAAGAAACAUUAGACAAAGACCCAGUGACUCGUCAGAAAUUAGAAUCCAAAAGAUUCAGGCCUCAUUUCAUUGCGAAGGCUUUGAUUGAUGUGGUCCAGAAGUAUAUCCCAAGGUCGUCUUAGUCUUUUGAAACCA